AUGAAAUGUCAACAUAGCGGCAGUAACUUAGUCGAUGUCACCAGUACAAAAAAAGAGUCUGAGCUUUCAUCAAUAUCUUACAUCGUUGGAUCGUCUGACUUGACAGCAAUGGUGGAUGAAGGAGAAACUGAUGUAUUACAUCUGUAUAACUCUGCAACUAUCAAUUUGUCUUACCAUUCUGCUUCAUUAGUCUAUUUGCAAAAUCCAUCUGUAGUUUCUAUUAUAACGCCAUUAAAGUACGAUUUAACUCUACAGGUUCCAGUUAACAGUGAUGAGCACACAGGCGAUCCGUCAUUUAUUGGCUCAUUAACUUUUGAAUUCCAACUUAAUCACUUGGCUGAACAUUCCAAAUAUUCUUAUACAUAUGUGAGUCAACCAGCUAUGCCAUCUAGACCGUCAUUUCCAAUUUCUGAAGUGUCUAUGAAUGCCAUCAGCAAUGACGAACAGAAUCCAGUGUCUGGAACCAAUCGACAAGAUGCCAACAACAUUUCUCGAAAUAUUACAUUUGAUACCCUAAUUACUGAGACUAGAUUUGGUGCGGCAGGGCUGCCAAAUUUCGAAUUUACUCAAGACCGUAGUCUGGAAGUAAACAGUGUUACUGGAAGUUCUGUUUACGUAACGCCAUCAAAUGGAUCUGUAAAGUUAAGCGCAAGAAACUUAACACAUUUUGAAAACGUUACAUUAAGUUCUAACUCUGAAAAGUUUACUAUUAUCGGAAUAAGAUCUGACGAAAAUGAUGUAGAAUUUAUAACGGAUAGACAGUUACCGUCUGGACGAUAUAUAUUGCAUAUCGAGCAGUAUAUGGGCAAAUUCGAGAAUUCGACUGGUUUAUAUUUUCGAAUUGAUCCAAUCGGAUUUGUCGGCCGUGGAGAACGGAGUACACCAGAACCUGUUGAUGACCUCUGGAUGAGUACCAGUUGCUUGGUGGAUGUUGGCAAUACAACAAUUGCCAUAAUUGACGAAUUGUUAACUGAAGAUCUGGGUCUACCAAAACUAGAUUUUAUUUUAAUUCCAGAAAUUGAUGGAGUGGUACAAAAUUAUGGAACGAUAAUUUUUGGAGAAAAUAUUCUAUUAAACUCCGAUGAAGCAAAUAUGAUGUUUACGGUGGCAAAACAGUUAUCACACCUAUGGAUCAGCGGCUUAAGCAGUAUUGCAGCAAUGCGAGAAUAUUGCUUUAUGGAGGAUUUGUCCGGCUAUAUUGCAAUGAAAGCGCUACGACAGAUGACGCAAAACGAUGAGCGAUACGCAACGUUCCGAAUGGCUCAUUAUGUAAAGAUUCAACUGGCUGAGAACUAUAUCUCGUCUAGUGAAUCUCUUACACUACCGUCACAAAUUGAGCCCGAAGUGAUGAAAUGGCGUUGCAAUUUGAAAGGAAUCCUAAUGGUAGAAUCUAUUGAAUCCAUCAUUGGGGAAGAGGCUAUGUUAGGUCAUAUCCGAACCAUCCUAAGAUCACAACGUUUUGCCACAUUUUCACUCGACGACUUCUUGUCUCUUUUGAGAGGUUACAUUGUUGACGGAGGAAUAAAUCUUGCUCAGACAUACGACUUUUGGCAGAAAAAUGGCGGCUUUCCAGCAGUGUCGGCCACAUUGACUAACGAUACAAUGCGACUGAUACAGUUAAACCGCGGUAGACUGGCCAAACUUGGCAGUUUUACCUGGGUACAGAUGCCUGUCUGGCCUUUACGUUUAACACUAAGUUCUGCACCAUCUCCACUUUACUUUAUGACCACGGAAGGGCUAGACCUCGCUCCAAUGCCCCGACAAACUGUUUCAAUGAUCAACCUUGGUUUUAAACAUUUCUAUCGUGUUGACUAUGAUAUGAAUGUUUGGGCUCAAAUUCAAGACUUAAUGAGAAGUAACCCAGAUUAUUUCUCACAGCAAGCGAGAAUGCAACUGAUUAGUGAUUUCUGCUAUUUCCAUUCUCAGGGUAUGCAUGAUGAGGGAGAUGAUGCUGAAAGACUUCGAGAGGGCUGGGUAACUUUAAUUAGAGACCAACCGACUAAAUUUGAUCUAUGUGAAUGGUAUAUAUACGGUUGUGAAGCCGGUAAUCAUAGGACACCAGCAGCAAUGAGAGAUAUAAAAGAUAGGCUAUGGAGGAUGGAAGCUGAAAUUCGGGAAGCGUUUCAGGAUAGCCAAAAGUAUGCGUGUGGGAUUGGCUCGGCGGGUACGGUGGCCAAUAAAAUUUGCGAUAUUGUCUACGGUACCGACUGUCUGUGA